GGUAGAUCAGAUGAUAAGCGGAGAAAGUUUUUUAGUAUCAAUGUGGCGGUUGAUAUUGCCGAAUGGGUUGUUGGUUGUGCAAUUCAGUAUUAUAAUCGUUGAAUAGAAUCAAAAUUCAAAUUUAAAUCACAAAAAAUUGGUUGGCUUUGAUGAUCAAUUUUUGCUUGGAAUAUUGUCAUUGGUAAAAUUGGAAAAUUUUGAUUGGAUUAAGUGAUUGAUUGGAGUGUAAAUUUGCAGUUUAUUUUUUUGAAGGCAAUGACGUUGUAAGAUUUUUAAAUUACUUCAAUUGAUUGCAAUAUUUAUGAUGACCGUAACGGUAUGUGAAAUACAAUCCGGACGAAUUGGUGUAAUUCAUUGAAUUGAAAAACUGUAAGUAGUGCAGAGUUUUCGGACUAAAUAUUUUAUGCAAAAAAUUCAUAGCAGUGACUCAAAACCAAUAUUGAAACUGUAUUAUAUCAAAAGGAUCAAAGGGAUUAUUUCGAAACGCAAAAUUAAUUGAAAACGAUCUCCCAGUACGCCCAAAUGAUUCCGCUAGCAACCAUCAAUACAGUUACCAACGCAACGUCCGUAAUAUAGGAUAUGAAAAAUGAAAAUAUUCAUUUAAAGUUUUAAACUCAAAUAAAACGCUGAAUUUAAAUACAAAUUGAUCAAAUAAUGAACAGAUAAAAACGAAACAAUAGACAUUCACGAUUCGUUUAAAAUCAAACCGUAUAAAUAUUGUAUACACAACGUGUGUAUUAUAUAGCGUGCGUGUGAAACGAAUAUCAAAUUAAAAUUUUGUUUUUGAAACAUUAAAAUAUAAUUCAAUAUUUCAUAAUAUUAUACAACAAAAACAUCUCCGAAAAGCAUACCAAUGAAGCAUUUAUAUUGUCAUUGUUCAUUUAUUCAAUGUUGACACACGUUUCGUCCUGAAAACGACAAGUAAAUAUCAGUUACGGAAGCUUGGAGUGAAGUUAAUUUUUUAUCAAAAUAUUGUGAAUCGAACGAAGCGUACAUAUUGCCAGUUAUAAAUAUGAGGUGCUCCUGGACAAAUACGACGAAAUGGAUGUUCAUUAUGCUGUUUCAGCUAGUUGCCAAAGCAAUGUCCCUGAAGGACCUGAAAAUCAACGUACCCGAAGCGGUUGCCUCCGGUGAUACAGUCAUAAUAUCUUGCCAUUACGACCUGGAAAAUGCGGCUCUAUAUUCGGUGCGAUGGUAUUUCGAUCAGGAGGAAUUUUAUCGCUAUGUACCGAAAGAAUCUCCACCAUCACGUGUAUUUCCGAUAUCUGGUGUUAUAGUUGACCUUCUCAAAUCUGGCGAAAACACUGUCACAUUGAAAUCAGUAUCCCGAAGUCAAUCCGGACAUUAUCAAUGCGAGGUAUCGGCAGACGCACCAUUAUUCCACACAGAAACACAAGGCGCAAAUCUACUCGUCGCUGAACUACCCGAUUCGGAGCCCGUGAUGACCGUCUAUGGAAUGCCGGCACCAGAUAGUAAACGCAUCGUGGCAUUCGGCGAAACAUUCAAAACGAGCUGCGUAUCGGGCCCAUCAUAUCCGUCGGUCAAUUUUACCUGGAUUGUUAACGGAAUUCGAUACCCGUCAACGCAUUCGGGACUGCGCGACAUUGGCCAAGGACAUUCAUGGGAAUCGAAGGAAGCCUGGUCCGAGCUUAUCAUUCUAGUGGACAAUCAAAUUGUCUCGUCCAACCGAAAGUUGGUGGUACGAUGCGAAACGAAUAUUUACACGGUUUAUCGUGGAGCGGCCGAAGUGGAACUGCAAGUGAUGGACGACAAUUUUUGGAUAAAUGGCGGCAAAGUGAGUCCGACUAUUGACCAGCGUGGCGGUUCGAAGCGUGGCGAUCCCGAGUAUUCCGGUUUAACAGGUAGCGCUAUUUUUUUAUUCAGCGUCAGAUACUAUUUAUUUCGGUUAGCGAUAUUAUGGUUUAUUAUAUUCUUAGUGUCAUAGGCGUGUUUUUGGUUGUAUUUGUCAAUCAAUUACUGAUUGUCUUACUGUAAAUAAAAGUCAUAAAAGAAAAGAAAGGAAAAAGUUUUUAGAUUAAACAUUAUAAAUGAAACAAGAAAAUUAAAAUAUUAAAAAUUCCGAAUUAAAUUGUUUAUGAAGCGUAAAACGACUGUUGUAAUUCCCAUAACUGAAAUUGCAUCCAUUAUAUAUUCCCUAUA